GUGGCGCUGGAUACCAACAAAGAUGAAUGUUGCAGAUGAUCUAACAAGAGAUCAAGACGACAUCAAACUAACAACUUUGGAUAGGUGGUACAAGGGUCCAGACUUUUUAUAUCUCAAACCUGAAUAUUGGCCAAAAGAAGACAGUCAGCAAACGAACCUAGACACUGCAGCAUCACUGGAAUUGAAAAAAGGGACAAUAUGUUUGAUAACAUCUUCAAAAUCUAUCGACGUAUUACCAGAAGUUCAAAGAUUCUCACGUUGGACAUCAUUAAUGAAAAGUACAGCCAUAGUGUUGAAAUUCAUCAGAUUAUGUGCGAGAAAGGAGGAAAAUAAAAUAAUAACAUGAAAGAAAUCGCGAUUAUCGCAGGAGGAGGAACUUUACACAAAAAAAGCAAAUUAUAUCAGUUAACACCGUAUAUGAAAAACGAAUAUUUAUGUGUAGGAGGUCGAACAAAUUAUUCCACAGACUUACCUGAUACAGCAAAAAGCCCAUUAAUUUUUGAUAGCCGUCAUUUUGCAGUGAAAUUAUUGAUUCUACAUUAUCAUGUGAUAAUGGGACACCAAGGUGUAGAAGUGAUCCUCAAUGAACUUCGUCAAAGAUUUUGGAUACUACAAGCAAGGAAGGCAAUAAAAAGAGCGAUGAGAUAUUGUCCAAUUUGCAGCCUG